CCUCGUCCCCCAAAACGGCAAAACCCGACCCCUCCCUGCUUCUCUCUUAAUUCGCGGAGAAUUCCGGCGGCCUGGUUAACUCGCGGAGAAGAAGGGAAGGAGAAGGAAGAAGGAGCAGGAAGAAGAUUCUGCCGCCGCUUGCUGCUACUCUGUUCCCGACCCUUAACUCCGGCGGCCUGAUUCUGCUCUGAACUCGCGGAGGAGGAGGAAGAAGAGUGUACCGCCACCUGCUGCUGCGGAGAAGAAGAAGAACGGAAGGUGAAGGCCGACCGAUCCCGCCACCGACUCGAUCUCGCCGGCGUGUUGCUGCUGUUUCUGUUGCUGCAGAAAAGGAGGAAGGAGGAAGGCCCAGGUAAUUCCUUUUUUGUGUGUGUGGGAUGUUGGCAGGACGGGUUGAAACCCCGUCUCGGCGAGCUUGGGACGAGUUCCCGACCUGUCUUGAGCUAGCAGCCCAAUUGCUCGACGAAAUGUCUGAAUGAAACCUCUUUGUUCUCGUUGUGAACACUUUGCAGGAUUUGAAUCACUAACGUUCAAACACAGGCAGUUCCGUUGAUUUUUUGAAACAAUCAUCCAACUCGAACGAAUUGGUGUUGACAGGACCAGCUUCUGGCUGCGCUAGGUGAUACAAGGGUUGCAGUUUUCUCAAGUGGGUUGCUUACCACUAUCUCUACAGCAAGAUGGAGAAGCGUCAGCAAGAAAAGAUUCAGAAAUUUGAGGAAUUCGUGGACAGCCGCUUGAAACCUGAUCUUGUUAGGGCUAUCGGUGAACGGGAUAAGGUCUUUGAACAGCAAAAGAUUUUCGUGGAUUUGCGGAGAAACAUUGAGAACUUGGAAAAGAACAGCGUUACCAGUCUUAGGACACUGGUGAACCUUGGGUCUGAAGUUUACGUGCAAGCAGACGUGCCGGAUACCCAGCGCAUUUUUGUCGAUGUGGGGCUGGGAUUCCAUGUGGAGUUUACCUGGUCAGAAGCUUUGAACUUUAUCUCGCUGAGGGAGGAAAAGAUCGCCAGGCAAAUAGAGGAGUAUACUCUCCAAAUCGCAUCGAUUAAGACCCAGAUCAAGCUGGUUUACGAAGGCAUCCGAGAAUUGAUGGAACUUCCGGCGGAGAAACCUCCACCUCAACGUAUCUUCUAACCAGGGCCUUUUCCGAGCCUUUAGGACUUUGUAUGCACUGCAGAUUGCAUGUCGCCUUCCCAAAACAGAUGAGAUUGUUAUGAGGACGAGGGACAUGCUCUAACCUAAACCAACUAAAUACCUAUCUGCCCAAAUCAGUAGUCUGUGGCGUUCUGUUCUCUUUUUGGUGAACUCGAAACUUGGGUCUUCAUACCUGUUUUCUACUGAUAGUUAUUGACUCGGUAUUAGAAUAGAGGUGUUGUUUGCUAUCUUCCUUGUGCCUAGGGCUGCAAAUGAGUCAAGUUACUUAUGAGCGGCUCAAUGCUCGAUUCGGGAAAAACUCGUUAGUAGCUCGACUUGUUAGUAAAUGAGUUGAGACCGAGCUCAUCAUUUUUGGCUCGCAAGCUAGCUCCGCUAAGUGGCUCAUUGAGUAUGACUAAUGAGUUGGCUUGUUUCGAGCUAAUGGAUUGGCUUGAUAGUCUGGUUAGUGAGCAUGUUCGAGUAGCGACUUAUGAGUGAAUCAAUAUAUAUAUAACUUAUGAUGUGACUUCUUAACGAUUCAUACUUUUAAUAUAUUAUAUUUGUCAUA